AAACCAUCCUCCUCGCGCCGUCCUUGCGGUUUUUUAUCCGGAUGUAGCUGCUGCUAUUACUUGACAAGAGAUUGCUUGCUCUUUAUCGCGUCUUUGACCUUUAAAUAUUCAUCAACAUGUCUGACGCGGAUUUUGAGGCUGUCCGCAAGCUUCAGGCUGAGCGUAACGCUGCAGCUGCUGCGAAGAAAGGUUCUCGGACCUUUGAUCCGUCUAACCAGCGCACUGACAACUCAACCAAGGCCUCUUUGACCGAAUCGUUUGACACAACACUUUACGAGAAUAACAGCGCCGACAGAUAUUCGGGUUACAACACCUCAAUCGCCGUCAACGAUGGAGAUGAAGAUAUGGAAGAUAUGGAUGGCGGCCACCAGUUGGUCGGACAAUACACCGCGACCAGGAGCCAGAUCGAUGAGCUUGCCCAAGGGAAUGGAGUUGAAGAGGAGGACAUGCUUCUUGGACGUGAGAAGGCCGCCAGAAUCGCUGAUCGUGAGACUGAUUAUCAGAAACGUCGGUUUAACCGAGGACCUUUGACCCCUACCCGGGCCGAUCCGUUUGCCGCGAACACUCAUGCCACUGUCGAGGGAGAGGGUCAGACUUAUCGUGAAGUUAUGGCGCUUCGUGAAAUUGAAAAGGAAGAAGAGCGUGUCAAGAAGCUGAUCGAAGAGAAGCAGGCUCGUGGCGAGAACGGCGUUGUGGAACAUGAGGCCACUUUGAGCCUGGACGAUAAAGAAAACCUCGAAGCCGGCUCUACUGUCGCUGUUGCUACCGGACGAAAGCGCAAACAGCGGUGGGAUGUGGCCUCUGAGUCGACUGAGACCGCCCCUGCUGCCCCAGAAGUUGACGAGGCCAAGACUAAAAGAUCUCGUUGGGAUCAGACCCCUGCGCCGGUUGCCCCCGGAACGACCGAAGAAGCUCCUAAGCGCCGCUCGCGAUGGGAUCAGGCACCGGCAAUCGCAUCAGCCACGCCUGUCGGCAAUCAAGGACUUGCAACUCCUAUGCAUCCUUCCCAAGUAGGUGUGCCCAUGGCUCCAACCAGUUUUGGAACUGAUAUCUCUGCCCGCAAUGCUCCCCUAUCGGACGAAGAGCUUGAUAUGAUGCUUCCAUCGGAGGGAUACAAGAUUCUGGAACCUCCCCCGGGCUAUGCUCCGAUUCGGAACCCCGCAAGAAAGCUUAUGGCAACUCCUGCGCCUGUCGCUAGCUCCACUGGGGUUGGUGGUUUCAUGAUGCAAGAGCCUGAGAACGCGCGCGUGCUCGGCAAGCAACUUCCAACUGAAAUCCCUGGAGUUGGUGACUUGCAGUUUUUCAAGCCGGAGGAUAUGGCCUAUUUUGGAAAGCUUAUGGAAGGAGGGGACGAGUCGGCCAUGACCGUGGAGGAACUGAAGGAACGCAAGAUUAUGAGACUGUUGCUUAAAGUUAAGAACGGUACUCCGCCAAUGAGAAAGACGGCACUGCGUCAACUUACCGAUAAUGCGCGGCAAUUUGGAGCUGGCCCGUUGUUCAAUCAGAUCCUCCCACUUCUCAUGGAGAAGUCCCUUGAAGACCAAGAGCGCCACUUGUUGGUCAAGGUUAUUGAUCGUGUCUUGUACAAGCUGGAUGACCUUGUCCGACCAUAUGUCCACAAGAUUCUAGUCGUCAUCGAGCCAUUACUCAUCGAUCAGGACUAUUAUGCUCGUGUGGAGGGUCGGGAGAUUAUCUCAAACCUGGCGAAAGCAGCCGGCCUUGCGACCAUGAUUAGUACUAUGCGCCCGGAUAUCGAUCACGUCGACGAAUAUGUGCGAAAUACAACAGCCCGUGCCUUUGCAGUCGUCGCCUCUGCUCUUGGUAUACCAGCUUUAUUGCCUUUCCUCCGUGCCGUGUGUCGCAGCAAAAAAUCCUGGCAGGCUCGACACACAGGUGUCAAGAUUGUUCAGCAAAUUCCCAUUCUCAUGGGCUGUGCUAUCCUUCCUCAUCUGAAGGGUCUUGUUGACUGUAUUGCAGACAAUCUCAGUGAUGAGCAGGCGAAGGUUAGGACGGUCACUGCGUUGGCCGUCGCAGCUUUGGCUGAAGCAGCCAAUCCUUACGGUAUUGAAAGUUUCGACGAAAUCCUUAACCCUCUUUGGACCGGAGCCCGGAAGCAGCGUGGCAAAGGUCUUGCAGCUUUCCUUAAAGCUGUCGGGUACAUCAUUCCUCUCAUGGACGAGGAAUAUGCCAACUAUUAUACCAGUCAGAUUAUGGAGAUCCUUCUCCGAGAGUUUUCGUCACCUGAUGAGGAGAUGAAAAAGGUGGUCCUCAAGGUGGUAUCGCAAUGUGCAAGCACUGAUGGUGUAACUGCGAGCUACUUGAAGGAACACGUCCUGACUGACUUCUUCAAGAGCUUUUGGGUCAGGCGCAUGGCCCUUGAUAGGAGAAACUAUCGCCAAGUUGUUGACACUACUGUCGACCUUGGGCAGAAGGUAGGCGUUGGUGAGAUUCUCGAGCGGACCGUCAACAACCUGAAAGACGAAAGCGAGCCAUAUCGAAAGAUGACUGUGGAAACUGUUGAAAAAUCAAUUGCUUCUCUGGGAGCCGCCGAUAUCUCGGAAAGGCUGGAGGAACGUCUGAUUGAUGGUGUCCUGUAUGCUUUCCAAGAACAAAGCAUCGAGGACAUUGUCAUUCUCAAUGGCUUCGGAACCGUCGUGAAUGCCCUUGGCACUCGUUGCAAGCCCUACCUCCCCCAGAUUGUGAGUACAAUCCUGUGGCGGUUGAACAACAAGUCUGCCACUGUCCGUCAACAAGCCGCAGAUCUCAUUUCCCGCAUCGCUUCAGUUAUGAAGCAGUGUGGAGAGGAUGCUCUCAUGGGUAAACUCGGCAUCGUUCUGUAUGAAUAUCUGGGUGAGGAAUAUCCAGAGGUCCUUGGUUCUAUUCUCGGUGCUCUCCGUUCUAUUGUCACAGUCGUCGGUAUCAACCAGAUGCAACCACCUAUUCGAGACCUGCUCCCCCGUCUCACUCCCAUUUUGCGAAACCGUCACGAGAAGGUCCAAGAAAACACGAUCGAUCUUGUGGGUCGUAUUGCUGACCGUGGCCCGGAAUCCGUCAAUGCUCGCGAGUGGAUGCGUAUUUGCUUUGAGCUGCUGGACAUGCUUAAGGCCCACAAGAAAGGUAUCCGUCGUGCUGCCAACAACACGUUUGGUUUCAUCGCGAAGGCUAUCGGUCCUCAGGAUGUGCUGGCUACGCUUCUUAACAAUCUUCGUGUUCAGGAACGUCAGUCGCGUGUUUGUACGGCUGUCGCCAUCGGUAUUGUGGCCGAGACUUGUGCACCAUUCACGGUGCUUCCUGCGUUGAUGAAUGAGUAUCGUGUACCAGAACUUAAUGUGCAGAACGGUGUCUUGAAGGCUAUGACCUUUGUGUUCGAAUACAUUGGCGAAAUGGCUAAAGACUACGUCUACGCCGUUACGCCUUUGCUCGAAGAUGCCCUCAUUGAUCGAGACCAGGUGCAUCGUCAAACCGCUGCUACUGUUGUCAAGCACAUUGCGCUUGGGGUGGUGGGGCUUGGAUGCGAAGACGCGAUGGUCCAUCUCCUCAACCUGGUGUUCCCUAACAUUUUCGAAACCAGUCCCCACGUUAUUGAUCGGGUUAUUGAGGCAAUUGAUGCCAUUCGCAUGGCGGUUGGUACGGGUACAGUCAUGAACUACGUAUGGGCCGGACUGUUCCACCCAGCACGCAAGGUGCGGACGCCGUACUGGCGACUUUACAAUGAUGCCUAUGUACAGAGUGCAGAUGCGAUGAUUCCUUAUUAUCCGGGCUUGGAGGAUGAUGGGCUGGAGCGAAACGAAUUGCUGAUUCUGGUUUAAGCGGACAAAAGCUUUUCCGUAUUGUGUUUUAAUUGAUUGGGG